AUGAGGCAGAAAGUUUGGGCAGAAAACCCUCCUUCACUGCCAUACUUCUGCCAAUAUUAUGACCAAUUCAGAGACAAUCAGAAUAGUGGUCUGUCUGCAGUUACAAAGGGGCUGGAGCUUGAUUACGUCUCGGUCGACAAUAUUAUUAUAGAUACGAAAAUGAUGAGCAUCGACUUAUCCUCCAACAACUUGACCGGUGAAAUCCCAGAAGACAUUGCUACUCUUUAUGCACUUGUGAGUUUGAAUCUCUCACGAAACCGCUUCACCGGCAAUAUCCCAAACCUGAUUGGGGACAUGCACUCCCUGGAAUCACUUGACCUCUCAAGGAACAAACUUUCUGGAGACAUACCAGCCAGCCUAUCAAACUUGACAUUUUUAAGUGACUUGGAUGUGUCAUACAACAAUCUUACAGGAAGAAUACCAUCAGGAUCGCAGCUUCAGACAAUCUAUGCAGCCCAUCCAUACAUGUACGAGGGCAAUGACGGUCUUUGCGGGCCUCCUCUUCAGAAAAAUUGUUCAAGCAACGGUGCUUCAAGGCAUGGCCACUUUAGUAGUACAACUGAAGGAGGUCAUGCACGCGAAUUCUUUUAUCUUGGAGCCGGAUGUGGCUUCAUAGUGGGUAUCUGGGUGGUCUUUUGUGCCCUAUUAUUCAAGAAAGCAUGGAGAAUUGCAUAUUUCCGGCUUUUUGACAAACUGUACGACAAAGCAUAUGUGGCUGCUGUUGUUACUUGGGCAAGACUGACCACAAAUUAAUUUCGGUUAAGUUCUACGGUGAACAGUCCUUGUACUUGGGCGAUGCCCGCUGCAACUGGUGAAAACUGAAGACUAUGUCACUUCAUACAUAUGUUUGUUUUUGUUGAAGCCAAAUAAGAUGCCAUUUAUGCUUUA